UUCUUCCUCGUUUCACGAUCGAUCGCAACCCCCUCCUAUAUCUUUUCCUUCUUCUCCAAACUUCACCACAAAAUCUUCUUCAUUGCCAAGGACCACAUGGCUCUCCCUGAAACACAAGGCAAAACCCUAUCAGAUGCCUGGGACUACAAAGGCCGACCUGCCGACCGGUCCAAAACUGGUGGCUGGACAAGCGCCGCAAUGAUUUUAGGUGUGGAGGCAAUAGAGAGACUGACCACGCUAGGAAUUGCCGUUAAUCUGGUCACGUACCUUACAGGCACUAUGCACCUUGGAAAUGCCGCUUCAGCCAAUACCGUCACGAACUUCCUCGGGACUUCAUUCAUGCUUUGCCUGCUUGGGGGCUUCGUAGCCGAUACAUUCCUUGGCAGGUACCGUACAAUUGCAAUCUUUGCCGCGAUUCAGGCAGCUGGGGUCGCCAUCUUGACCAUCUCUACCAUAAUCCCGGGUCUCCACCCCCCGAAAUGUGAUCCAGGAACCGCGCAAGCCUGCAUCCCCGCGAGUGGCACACAACUUCUAGUCCUCUAUGUAGCCCUCUACACCACUGCCCUAGGGACGGGCGGCCUCAAAUCGAGCGUAUCAGGGUUCGCAACGGACCAGUUCGACGAGUCAGACAAGAAGGAGAGGACUCGGAUGAUUAACUUCUUCAACUGGUUCUUCUUCUUCAUAAGCAUCGGGUCUCUCGCGGCGGUCACAGUCUUCGUGUACAUACAGGACAACCUCGGGAGGCAGUGGGGCUAUGGGAUCUGCGCCGCUGCAAUUGUGAUCGGUCUGAUUGUGUUCGUGUCGGGAACGAGGAGGUACCGGUUCAAGAAGCUCGUGGGGAGCCCGCUGACACAGAUUGCGGUGGUGUUCGUGGCGGCAUGGCGGAAGAGGCACUUGGAGCUGCCUUCCGAUGUCUCACUUCUGUUCAAUGUUGAUGAUUUGAUUUUGGAAAGAGACAGUAAGAAGAAGAAGCAGAGGUUGCCCCACAGCAAGCAGUUCCGUUUCCUGGACCAGGCGGCAAUCAAGGACCCCGAUAUGCCGUUUAACUCGACCCUAGUGAACAAGUGGUACCUGUCGACCCUAACUGACGUGGAGGAAGUGAAGCUCGUGUUAAGUAUGUUGCCGAUUUGGGCCACCAACAUAAUGUUCUGGACCGUCUAUGCCCAGAUGACCACGUUCUCCGUGUCCCAGGCCACAACAAUGGACCGUCACAUCGGGAAAUUCCAGAUCCCGCCGGCAUCGCUGACGGUUUUCUUCGUUGGGGGCAUCCUCGUGACAGUCCCCAUCUACGACCGGUUCAUCGUCCCCAUUGCGAGGAGACUGCUGAAUAACCCUCAGGGCCUGACCCCGCUCCAGCGUAUCGGGUUGGGCCUGGUGUUGUCGAUCCUCGCAAUGGCAGCUGCUGCCCUGACCGAGCUGAAGCGGCUCCGGGUCGCUCAGGACCACGAGCUGACCGACAACCCAUCUGCGGUGAUCCCACUGACCGUGUUCUGGCUCACCCCGCAGUUCCUAGUGGUAGGGGCGGGCGAGGCGUUCAUGUACAUCGGGCAGCUCGACUUCUUCCUAAGGGAGUGCCCCAAGGGGAUGAAAACCAUGAGCACAGGGCUGUUCCUCAGCACGCUGUCGUUAGGGUUCUUCAUGAGCUCGCUGCUGGUCACAGUAGUCCACAGGGUGACUGGGACCAAGAGGCCAUGGCUCGCUGACAACCUCAACCAAGGUCGGCUCUAUGACUUCUAUUGGCUGCUGGCAAUCUUGAGCUGCAUCAACCUUGUGGUCUACCUGGCCUGUGCCAAGUGGUAUGUGUACAAGGACAAGAGGCUUGCUGAUGAGGGCAUUGAGCUUGAAGAAUCAGAGCCCACUUUCCAUGCUUGAGUGGGCCCGGGGGCCCACAGGGUCCCAGUGCUCUUCACAUUUUCAGCCACUGUUGUCUUGCAAUCAGCCCUUUCAUUUUGUUUCUUCUUCUCUGUGAUUUUUGUAUAGCCAAACCCCGGCCCCAGGUGAUGAUCUCUAGCUCAACAGUGUCUGUGAGUUUUAACCUUUCAAAUAUUUGUAAAAUAGUGAAAUGCAUGCCAAGGAGCAACACAUAAUACAAGUUGUGGAGAUGUUUCCGUAACCAGUUUCGGGAAUCC